GAGAGCUCCCACGUAGGGAGCAACACACAAUUCCCCGUUCAUUCAGUGAACCUUUUUUUAUAUAACCAGUAUGCAGCACCCCACUUGGUCUUUUGCACAUGGUAUACAAUCAUAUUCAUGUAUCAAAAGUGUAGUAUUACAUGUGCAUCGCGGAUAUGCAGUAACUCAGUUCUAAAUAGCGUGGAAAGCAAUGCCAAUACACCGCGUGCGUUCUUUACAACGCUUUCCCUCCCUCAAUUGCAUUCUUGAAGGUACUCCGCCGCUGGAAAGAGUGUUGGUAUGCACCGUCGAGCCGAACGUUGCCAACCCAGAACCCUGCGAUGUAUUCGAGUAUCCUAUGUUCAAAGGAUGGAGGAGGCAUGAGUCGAGGAGAGAGAACCUGGCCCACGCGUACGACCUGGGCAUGUACAUCUUGUUGGAAGUUCAAGGACGCGCCUUCCGCAUUCCCCUCGACAGAUGCCAUGUUAAUAUUUCAGGCAAGGACAUGAUGUUUGCUUGGGAAGGUAUGAGAAAGGACGAGGAAGGACUGGCAAUCAGCAUCCGAUUCUCAAAGAAAAGUCACAGGAAGGUACUCAAAAGUGCCAUCAAACGAGAAUGCAAGCAGUCUCAGUUCGUCGCGGACAAAGAUGUGGAAUUUCCCCUACCUACACCAACAACAGUUACUGCAACUGCUUUUUACACAGCAUUGUAGUCAAGCAUGAUGUCAUCAUUAUUUGAGUCAAUCUGUUGAUCUUGAGUUUUGAACAAUAAUC